AUGUACCAUUAUUCCAAUCCACCGCCCGGGUGGUCUUCCUACGACUACAUGAACUCCCCCCCGACGUCUCCGCAUUACGCCUACUACGCCACGCAGUUUGCCAGUCCCUUCGCUUCUCCACGAGGUCCCUCCAAGCGCCACAACCGCAAAGCCAGCUACGCCGGAACCAAGGAGACCCCAGGAUGGCACGCCGGGUACGGUCAGAGCUUCUACGAAACGAUGCCGGAAUACGGUACGCCGCCGCGCAAGCACGAUCCUGUAAGUGCUUCUUCUGGUCAUCGUCGCCGUAGGACCAUGUCCGGCGCCGCCGCCGACCCAUGGGACAACGUGGGGGCCCGCCCGUCGCCGUCGUCGCGCCGACGCUCCAUCUUCGUGGAUGUAGUCGACGAGGAUGCGCCACGAUACGUCUUCCACGAGGAAAGCCGCGAGCCCCGCCGAUAUCCGUCCACGCCUCCGCGCAAGCCCAAGCCCCCGACUGAUCAGUAUUUUUACUAUAACCAGGUGCCUGCCUAUGACGACCUUGAUUCCGCCAAACGCUCGCGCGCCCGCCGCCAAUCCACCUCCACGCGCACCCCUUCCAAGCCGAAGCCCGCGGCCACCGCCAAACCCACCCGCAAAGCGACCGAAGCCGAUGCCGCCCGCGCCGGUAUCCCGCCAGGCUAUUCGAUCAAGAACUGGGACCCCACGGAAAUGCCCAUCAUCCUCCUCGGCAGUGUGUUCGACGCCAACUCCCUGGGCAAGUGGAUCUACGACUGGACGGUGUUCCACCACGGCGCCUCCACCCCAAUGGCCGACGUCGCCGGGGAUCUGUGGCUGCUGCUUAUCAAGCUGGCCGGGAAGGUCAAGCGGGCCGAUGAGUGUCUCAGCCGCAUCAAGCACCCCGAGGCCCAGGAGACGGUGGAGGACUUCCUGGAGAGCGGAGAGCGUCUCUGGGCCCGAUUCAAGAAGCUCCUCAAGACUUGCGAACAGUUCAUGUGGAAAGCGGCCAAGCGCGAAGGCGGCAAGGGGGGUGUGUCUAUGGGUCGCAACGCCGGAUGCGAAUUCGUCGAAUCGAUCUUUGGCCGUGACCGUGAGCUCGAAAACACCGAGAAGCUGAUGAACAGCAUCCGCCUGUGGAACAUGCGUUUUGACGCCAACUGCGAAGAGAUCCUUCGGCGGCCGACCGCCGCCUAG